AUGGCAGCCAUUGCAUCGCAAAGAGCUUCGAACUAUGGGAUUCAGUUGGAGCAGAACCAUGGCAACAUAACUGCAAACUUUGGUAAGUUGGAGCCCCUAAACAUAGUACAAUCGGAAUCCCUCUUAAAUCAGGAAUGCUUGCGGGACCUUCGGACAACCAACCCGUAUGAUGACAAGAAUCGUAUUCAAGCGACCAAUGGAGGACUGUUAAAAGACUCAUACCGCUGGAUUCUCGAGAAUGGCCAGUUCAAGCAAUGGCAGAACGACCAAGGUACUCUCCUCUGGAUCAGGGGAGAUCCCGGUAAAGGCAAAACAAUGCUUCUGUGUGGCAUAAUCGACGAAAUAACAAGUGCUGCUGAAGAGGAUACCAGUAUCUCGUUCUUUUUCUGCCAGGCAACUGAUCCAAGGAUCAACACCGCAACUGCAGUGCUUCGCGGCCUAAUCUAUUACCUCGUGCUGAAAAGGCCAGCUCUUCUCUCUCAUGUACGAGCGAAAUAUGAGCAAAGUGGCAAACGGCUUUUUGAUGACAUCAAUUCAUGGAGCGCCCUGACAGGUAUUCUCACUGAUAUCCUGGAGGAAUUGACCUGCACAUAUUUGUUAGUCGACGCGCUAGACGAAUGCACAACAGGGCUAUCCUCACUCAUCGACUUCAUCGUCCAACAGUCAGCUUCAAGUCAGCGGGUGAAGUGGGUCGUUACUAGCCGCAAUUGGCCUGAGAUAUGUGAGCCUCUUCAAAUUGUGACUGAAGUAACGCCGAUCUCGCUUGAGCUAAACGAAGCGUCUGUGUCCGAAGCCGUGAAGAGCUUCAUUCAGCAUAAGGUUAAUCAACUAGCCGUGCUGAAGAAGUACAAUGAUGAGACUCGGCAUGAGAUCGGCCAGUAUCUAUUGUCACAUUCGCAAGAUACCUUUCUCUGGGUGUCUUUAGUCUGCCAUGAACUUGGCCGAACUCCUCGAUGGCGCGCUCUGGAGAGAGUGAGGGGGCUGCCACCGGGUCUGAAUGCACUAUAUGGCAGGAUGAUGGAGCAAGUCCAAAAAUCAGAUGACGCAAAGCUCUGCAAACAGAUGUUAGCUACCAUGUCAAUAGUCUAUCGCCCCAUUACUCUUGAUGAGCUUCAGUCUUGCGUCGAGCUACCUCAGGUUUUCACAGGUGACUUCGAGGCUAUAGCCGAGAUCAUAGCUCUUUGUGGCUCUUUUUUGGCUUUACAGAAAGAUACUAAUGCCAUUGUCUUUGUCCAUCAGUCUGCGAAAGACUUCCUCUUGAAAACUGCAUUUUCCCAGGUUUUCCCUAUGGGCCUGGAAGCAGAGCAUCACAAUAUUUUUCUUCUUUGCUUCAAAGCUAUGGAAAACACGCUUCGACGCGAUAUAUUCGAUAUCAAGCUGCCGAGUCUUUCAAUUCAAGCUGUCCAAACACCCACCCCAAGCCCAUUGGCACCUGCAGAGUAUGCAUGUGUUUAUUGGUCUAGUCAUCUUCGACAUUGUACUAGUCGCACCAUAAUUGCAAGUGGUGAUUUUGAAGAGAAUGGGAGAAUCGACAAGUUUCUCCGGCAUAUGUAUCUUUACUGGCUUGAAGCUCUCAGCCUUCUUGGCACAAUAUCAGAGGGCAUCUUUGCAAUUUUGGAGCUCGAUGCCUUACUUCUGAGAAUGAACAGAUCGGCAGAAGUUAUCAGGCGCGCUCACGAUGCUUUACGCUUCUUUCAAUAUUUCAAGCAUGCAAUAGAGUGUAAGCCUUUACAGGUUUACUGUUCACCUUUGCUCUUUAGCCCCUUCAGCAGCAUGACUAGAGAUUGCUAUCAGAAUGAAAUGCCAAAGUGGGCAACCAUUGUGGGGAAUACUGGACUCGAGAACGAUUGGAGUUCUUGCCUUCAAAUUCUUGAGGGAAAUUCUUGGAACAGUCAAACGGUUGUCCGACACAUCCAAGGAUGGGCUGUGUCAAAGUUUCAGGGUAAUUUAAUUGAGGUUUCCAAUCUGGAGACUGGUCAAUGCAUCUCAAAACUCGAGACAAGUCACCAUCAAGUUUCUGAGAUUGCGUGGUCGCACGAUCGCACUCGCCUUGCAUCAUUCAGUUUCUUCGAAAAAAUUAGCCAGAUAUGGGAUCUGAAAACCGGCAAAUGUGUGUCGAAAUUGAAUAACGAUGCAGGUAUCGACUCUGCUGUCUGGUCAUUUUCCGGUGCUCGACUUGCUACACAAUCUCUGUCCCGAAGGAGAAUCUCGAAACCGCCGACUCGCGAGUACAUUCCCAGAAGAUUAUUUAAGAAUAGAGAUUAUGACAUGAUUGUUUUAAAAUCCACAACCAAGAUUUGGGAUACGGACACUGGCCAAUGUAUAUCAACUAUUCGGGGGGAGUGCAUGUUCCUUCUGAGAGGACACACGAAUAUGAUUCGGUCCGUGUCCUGGUCACAGAAUGGGAAUCGACUUCUUUCGCAAUCAAGCGAUGGAACUACACGAAUUUGGGACACUUCCAGUGACUCUGAUUGUCAAUAUACUCCAUCAGUCGAUAGGCCUGAUGGACAAGUACUAUCUAUUGCUUGGUCCAAUGAUAGAAAAUCGCUUGCAGUAGUAUCAUUUGAUGGGACAAGUCCUAACGAACUGACACUCCGGAUAUUUCAAGGGAACACCGCAGAGCCGAUCCUGAAAUCUCAAUCACAUCCGAUAUCGCUUAUUGGAUCCAAAGCUGCUCUGUUAUCCUGGGCACCACACGGAGCCUGGGUUGCAUCUGUAGCAGAUGGUACAAUAAAAAUCUGGGAUCCCAUUGCUAGAAGAUGCAUCUCUACAUUGUCGUAUGCCAUCUGGAGCCCCGGUGGUGUUACGCUUUUUGCUUGGUCACCGAGUGGCUCCAAAAUUGCAGCAAGCGCCAACGAGGGACUUCAUUCUUGGAGUGUGAGAAUUCUGAAUAUAUCUACUCAAGAGAUUCUGAGGCUUGAUUUAUCAGGUAGAUUACUCCAACUUUUCGAAUGGUCUCCCGAUGAGACCUUGCUGGCAUCAGCUACCGAAGAAGAUAGACAUCAUUUUGACCCAUUUCCGGGGACAACUGUCAUUCAAAUUUGGAGUCUCGCUCACGGACGAUGCUUGCUGACGUUUCGGCUAGAAACAAAGAUAACAUCCAUGUCCUGGUCGGACGAUAGCACAUGGCUCAGGCUAGGAUACCUCUGCGUAAAAGCAGGGGCAUUAUCUACAGUCAGUCGCCAGGAUUCAGCAGCAAUUGGCGUUGAAGGUGCCUCGUCUAUUGCUUUGUCUUAUGACGGAAUUAGGCAAGCAUCAUUUUCAGACAGGUCCAUCAAGGUCUGGCACAUAGCUAAGAACCAGUGUUUAUAUGAGCUUCAGCUCGAACUCUGUCAAUGGAUUGAAUUCGAUUCAUCCGAUUCGAGCAUGCUACACACUUCGGUUGGCACAUUUUGGUUUGCUCAUGAUGAUGGAAAGAGACUGCAUGCGGUCAAUAAUUCCGAUAGCGAAGAAUCUGGAUCACGACAAGUGGGAUAUGGCAUAAACAGCGAUAGAAGUUGGAUUACAUUUGAGGGGCAAGACCUCUUGUGGCUACCCCCAGAGUACCGACCAGCAAACCCCGAUUUGUUCGCUAUGUCGGGAAACACGGCAGCAAUAGGUUGUUUCUCAGGCCAUGUGAUGAUCUUGAAGUUUUCUGGGAUGAAUCCUAUUCAGUCUCUUGCUACCAGUACUAGGCAAGUACCACUUCGCGGGCUAGCUUAA